UGCUUUUCGCACUUCACGCUGAGAGGUUUUGCGUUCUGCUUAUUUGUUGUGGCCGGCAAUUUAUCAAAAUGAGCACCGGAUUAGUGAAUAAACCAGUUCUCUACUAUGCGCCACGCAGCCCGCCCUGUCGCUCAGUUCUGCUCACGGCCGCUGCUUUGGGACUCGAACUGGAUUUGCGCAUCGUCAACGUAAAGGCCGGCGAGCACAUGACAGAGGAGUUUCUCAAACUCAAUCCACAGCACACAAUUCCCGUGCUGGAUGACAAUGGAGUCGUGGUGAGCGACUCCCAUGUGAUCUGCAGUUAUCUGGCGGACAAGUAUGCUGGAGCCGACGAUUCGCUCUAUCCCAAGAACGAAGCGCAGCGUCGCCUGAUCGAUGCGCGGCUCUACUACGACUGCGGACACCUGUUUCCACGUGUGCGCUUCAUUGUGGAGCCUGUGAUUUACUUUGGCGCUAAGCAGAUACCCGAAGAUCGCAUAAGCUACAUGCAGAAGGCGUACGACGGACUGGAGCACUGCCUGGCUGCAGGCGCCUAUCUGGCCGGCGAUAAGCUGACCAUUGCGGACCUGUGCAGUGUGGCAACGGUGAGCACAGCGGCGGCCUUUGCGCCCAUCGACGAGGCCAAGUAUCCCCAGCUAACUGCAUGGAUAAAGCGCAUGGAGGCGCUGCCCUACUACGAGGCGAACAAUCGGCAGGGCCUCGAUAUGCUGGUCAAAGUGGUCAAGGGUCUGCUGGCCGAGCAGUAGACCUGAAUGGCCGGACAUCAAUCAAUAUUGGCAAUAAUACACGAGAUGUUUUCUUUGUCGCCCAUUC